AUGCCCAGCUGGGACGGCGGCCUCAUCCUCUCCUCCGAGUUCAUCCUCAGCAAAUACGGCGAAUCCCUCGCCGGCAAGACAAUCCUCAUCACCGGCGUCGCCAACGACUCCAUCGCCGGCGAACUCGCCGUCCAAAUUAGCGCCUACAAGCCCUCCCUCGUCAUCCUAACUGCCCGCUCCGAGUCCCGCGUCGAGCCCGUCGUCGCAAAGAUCAAGUCCAAGAACCCCGACGUCUCCACUCGCUUCCUGAAGCUCGACCUCUCCGACCUCAAGGACGUCCGCAGAGCGGUCAAGGACCUCGACGACGUGCCAAAGAUCGACCACUUCGUCGCCGUGGCCGGCGUCAUGGUGCCCCCGUACGCGAAGACGGCGGACGGCCUCGAGUCGCAGUUUGGCGUCAACUACUUGGCCAACUUCUUGCUGGUCAAGGAGCUGCUGCCCAAGAUCAGGGCUGCGGGGCCAAAGUCCUCCAUUGUCAUUUGCUCUAGCUCCGCUGUGCGAAGAGGCCAGGUCCACUUUGACGACAUCAACUACAGCGACGGAGAAACAUACGACCCUCUCGACGCAUAUGGCCAGUCAAACGCCGCCAGAACAAUCUUUGCCCUGUUCCUAGGCGAGAAGCUUAAAGGAGAAGGCAUCCGCGUCUUCAGCGUCGACCCCGGUGCGGUUCAAACAGGAUUACAGCGCCACUUUGGCGGAGAGUUCCUUGCUCAGAUUCAGUUGACUGAAGCAGCAAUGCGCGAUCUCGACGGCCGCCCCUAUAACAUGCCGAAUUUCACAGGCACAUCUGAGGGUGCGGCGACGCUCAUCACGGGCAUGAUUGAUCCCACCAUUGAGGAGGCCCACGGUGCGUUCCUGCACCAGAAUGCCCCUGCCGAGGAUCAUUUGACGUCGCACAUCCUGAACCGAGAUAACUGGACCAAGCUGUGGGAGCUCAGCGAGAAGCUCAUCGGAGAGCCCUUUAUCAUCUAG